AUGUGUGAAAAAUCCCCACUGAGCUCUAAGAAUAAAAGUGGAUACACGGCUGGGAAGAAGACCAGCACUCAACAGCCUGGUGCUGAUCUUUGGAUCGACCAUCCUAGCGGUAAUCAUAUCCGUGGGGGACCAUCGGAUUAUAUGGUAAAUGGGAUUGGAGCUUCUGUAGUAGACAUGAAGCACUUGGCUGGACCAGAAGUAGUUGAGUCUCCACCGCCGCGAUAUCACGCCUUACAAGAUAGCACAUACGGCUCAGUAUCACUGCGUCACAGUCGGACUCCAGCACGUCAUUCUGUAUCUUCAUACGACGAUGAAUUGCGACGCUUGGAACUUGAAAGCCGUAGACCUAUUGUUGUUGGUCGUGCCAAGCCGAUACUGGCUUCUGUUGUCGGCUACGGCCCGUCUUCCGAAGAAAGUAUGUUGCGUAACGUUGCAUGUAUUUUUGUGUAA